AGCAGCGUUGAGCCCCUCAUGGUCAGCGCUCAGGAAUUAACAUGCGUGCCUCUCAUUGCCUGGGAGCGAGGAACGGUGUACGCGAGAAACUCUUGCCAUCCUCCGCGAAAAGAAAACAAAAACGCACGGAUGCGCUCGUUCCGGGAGGGGAGCGAACCUCCUACCGGUGUUUUCACGUUCAGAGCGGGCGGAGGUGCGAGGUUGCCAGUUCGGAGCUUGUUUUCCUCUUAAAUUGGAGCCUCGGCGCCGCAUCGCUCGCUCCCGGUCCUCCGCGGAGCCGCCGCCGCCGCACCGCGCGGAACGGACGGGACUUCGCUCGCAGACUUAAAAUUGUGAGGUGGGGGCCCAGCUUUGUGACUUCAAAAAGACCGGGCACCCUCCACUGUGUGCAGCUGUACGCCAGGCUGGAGCAACUGUUGAAUGUACAGCAGAGGGGAGAUAUCUGUGCUGUCCACGGCACAGGAGUGUGUGUUUGUCCUGGAAGCAGCCUCGUGAGUGAGUCGCUCUGUGUUUCGGUGUCAGCGUGGACCGUCAAAAAAUGGAUGACACACCAGUCACUGACUUCAAAGAAUCAACAACUAAGUGGUUAUUGAAAGUGGAUGAAUGAUUAACCAGGAGCCACCGAGCUUGACAAAGACAUUUCAAUGGAUUUUAUUGAAGACAUCCUCUCUGACAAUUCCCAGCCGACUGAUUUUGACUGCGGCGACAUGACUGUACCCAGGCGAACGAAAAUCAGGACUUUUGCUCUGCUGUUUUGCGUCAUUACGUUCACAAUGUUCCUGUUCAGCUACACUUUCUGGGACCCCUCGCUGCACUUCUUCAUUAGUGCCUCUAAGACGAGAGGCCGUAUUAGGACAGAUCCAACUACGGGGUCCAGCGGGUAUUCUGGGAAUACGGACAACUUUUUCUCCAAAGGGCUGUGCGCCUGUCGACAGUGCAUGACGGAGCUGGAGGACGACCCCUGGUUUGUCGAGCGCUUCAAUCAGUCCAUCCACCCUCUGAUGACCAGGGAGAACAGUGUCCUCGCCGACGAAACCUUUAAAUGGUGGCAGUGGCUGCAGUCAGAGAGGAAUCCGGCCAAUUUCAGCAGGGUGGUGGAGGAGCUGUUCCAGGUCAUCCCUGAUGAGGUGGUCUACAUGGACGCCGGCCCCGAGCGCUGCAGGACCUGUUCCGUGGUGGGAAACUCCGGGAACCUGAAAGGCUCCCAGUACGGCGGCCUCAUCGACUCCAGCGAUUUCAUCAUAAGAAUGAACCAGGCUCCCACCAGUGGGUUUGAGGAGGAUGUGGGUGCCAGAACGACACAUCACGUCAUGUAUCCAGAAAGUGCCAUAGACCUGGACGACACCACCAGUCUCGUGCUGAUCCCUUUCAAGACUCUGGACCUGCAGUGGAUGAUUAGCGCUCUGACCACCGGUACCAUUAAAUUCACGUAUGCACCUGUUUCAUCCAGGAUAAAGGCAAACAAAGAUAAGGUGUUGAUUUACAGUCCCACAUUUUUCAAAUAUGUCUAUGAGUCUUGGCUUGAUGGUCAUGGACGAUAUCCUUCCACUGGCUUCCUCAGCUUACUGUUCGCCAUCCACAUAUGUGAUGAGGUCAGUGUGUUUGGAUAUGGUGCAGACCAGUAUGGAAACUGGCACCACUACUGGGAGAAGAACCAUUUGGCCGGUGCUUUCCGACACACAGGAGUCCAUGACGGGGAUUAUGAAUAUAAUGUCACCCUGCUGCUGGCAGACAAGCACAAAAUCCGAAUGUUUAAAGGCAGAUGAUACCAAGCCCAUAUGUGCGAUGGGACGACCACCAAAUGAACCUCAACAUCCUUCUAAUGUUUAUUUUUCCUUCCCCUUUCUCUGGGAGAACAUUUCUGCCAUUAUCCCCAAAGAGAUUCUCCCAUGAAUUCUUCUGUUCUGUUCAUUUCCCAGUUCAUCACUUCAAGCAACAGCUUUUGUCUCAAUUCGAUUCAUUUUUUUUCAUACAUAGCGUCAUUUAACGACAAAAGUUGGCUCACGGCACUUUGACAUACAGAGCAGGUCUGUGCUCUCUAAUGUACAGAGACCCAACAGUUCACUAUUCAACAUUUCAGACGAGGCAAAAGCAGCACUGCCACUUGUUUCAGAAUCUGUGACCCCAAAUCACACAGUGAACACACAGACAACAUGAAAAGAUACGAUAAAGCAUGCUAUACAUAAAAAGACUGAGUACUAUUAUAUAGUAUGUGUAUACUCUCUAUUUUCUCUUUUCUAUAAAUGGUUAGCAUUGUGGCUACCUGAAGCUUUGUGUGUAAAUGAUCACUGACACAAAUGAGUCAGACAAAGUGCCAUAUUACCCUGUUGAUGUAUACUGUAGACAUAGCAGAGGGGGAUUUUGUGCAAAGUUCAUCAGUGUCAUUUAUACAGGAAGAGUGUCUCAUAUAAUUUUAACCGCUGUCCAAUGAUCUAAAAGGUGUAUACUGGAAGCAGUUUGAGUCCAAGAAACAAACUUAAAAGCAUUUUAAUGAGCUUUAGAACAAAAACACCACUGACAAUACUGUAAAUGUCACUUGAGGAUAAAUGAUCACCAUACAGCAGCAAAGGUGUUUUACAUUGUAAUACUGGCAGGUAUGAGAGAGAGUAUCAGCUCUUUUUCCACCACACUGACCGAUUCUGACCGAAACCAUAAAAACUACGUGCGCUGCAGAGUUGCUCGUAUCUUGCUUGUCUGAUUGGGGCUGUAAAAUAUAAGGCUACAAUCAAAAUCAGGCCCGAAGAACAUAGUUUACUGUAAUGUGACAUAGAUUACCCACAGGAACGAAGCCAGGUCCCUCCAACACCUUGCGCACAGGUUUGACUAUACGAAAAAGUCCCUAAAUUUGUAAUAUUUAUUAAUUGGUUUGUUCAACUGAAUAUUUAUUUAUGUACAUAUUUUGUUAACCAAAGAGUCAACAAAGAGAGUCAAUCAAAUUUGAACAAAUUGAAAAAAAAUGCUAAAUGCUAAAAUCAGCGACCCAAAACAACUUGUACGUUUAUAGCCACGCUAGCAGUGUGGCUCUCGGGAUGGCAAUGCCCAUUGGUCAGUAGCUCCGCCAGACAUUCAUGUUCUCCAUGAAUCUCAAGAACUUUCCUGAUCCCCUGAUUUUUUUUCCUCUAACGCCGCCAGCAGGUUUAGAGCAAAAUAUCCUAACAGCCAUGAAAUGGAUUACAAUGAAAUUUGGCAUACACACACUCAUGUCCCCCGCAGGAUGAAUGUAAUAACCCUUUUUCAUUUAACUUCAUCAUCAGGUCAAAAAUAUAAUUUUUGCAUUUUUUGCUAAUUAGCAAACAUUAGCACGCUAAACUUGCGGUCGGUAGCAUUUAGCUCCGUACGUGCAGCGUCACAGAGCUGCUUGAAUGGCUGCAGAAUUGAAGCUGUAGCUGCAGCUAUCGGCACAGUGCUGGAGCAGCGUCAAAGGCUCAGAUGGUUGAGAUUAUUGAGAUUAAGAUUAUGAUUCACAUCCUUUUAACUACAUGAAUCAUAACAAAGUGAGCAGAGUCGUGCUAUAGUGAAGCCACUGAGGGGAUAGAAAGGUUUAAGUGCUCGAGGUGUUACUCAAGCACCAGGUUCUUUUUCACGUUGCAGACGCACAUCAUUCAUCAUGGGAAUAUAAAACAGCCUAUACAGGGGUGCCUUAGCAUUAAAAUCAAUGAUGUACACUUUUGAUGUCCAUUGUGACAUAGGUUUUUCAUGAAAAUUGGGUGUGAAGUGCCUUUAAUGGGAUUUUUAAACUAUUUACCAUUUUUUUGUGCUGUAUUGUAAUUCUGCCAUUUGCAUCACUGUAUUUGUCAGCAACCUUUAUAAGUUUGUGUUAUUGCGGUAUAUACAGUGUCAGUUUUAAAGAAUCAUAUGCAUGAUACACACAGUAUAACCAUCUUUGUCAGUGAGAGUUUUGUGUAUGCCACAGAACAAGCUGUUUGUUGUAUGCACAUAGUGUCGGGAUAUCACCAUCUUUGGCUCUGCAGUUUUGAUGAAAGCAGCUAUGUUUUGUCCAGGCUCAACAUUAUUAGCUGCACUUGCUGAACUUGUCGUAGAUGUCUAAAUACUAAAUGCUUUAUGACUUAAAGAAACACAGAAGCUUUUAUCCCGCCCUCGUGGUGUCAUUUUCACAAUCAAAUCUGUGAUCUGAAAUGUCGCAAGCCUCACAUUCGUCAGGACCUGAGCUCGGUGGUGCUUCUCUAAUAGGCUAUGAUUUGCUCCAUGUGCCUUGAAACAUAAUGGGACAUUUGCCCGGUCAGUGUCUUCAUGAUGGCUUUUCUCUCCAUGUGAGAGCAGGCCGAUAAGCAGAGGAACCACAAUAUUUGUUCAGUUCAAAUUUGUCAGCCAACUUGUAGAUGACGGUGGUGUACAGUUGUUGAGCAGGGGACACUGUCACCUAGUGGACACGAACAUGCAUCAGCAUUAACGUCACUUGAUUUGUCCUUUAUAUGACUGAUGUGAUGGCUUAAUAUGAACUGACACUCACUCACUGUAGGCCUAAUCAUUGUUUAAUGUUCAAAGUUUGUCACUCACCUGUAUUUGAUAUACUUUUCCAUCCAGUUAUUUGAAAAUCAUUAAAAACUCACCUUCACAAAUAUCUCAUGUUUAUGUCCGUGGCUUAUUUUUUGUUGUCUGAAGAAGGUCACUGCUGCUGACUUGCGUGGGAUGGAUAAUGAAAACUUGCAUUAUUCAGUUAUUCAGUGGACUCCAACAGCAUGGUGAAAUACAAUUGGAGCUUGUUUUUUUUUGCUGCUAAAAUGUGUGAAAAGGACAAGGAGGUUAAUUAAUUCUAAAUAAUACAUUUCAGAACUUUAUGCAGAUUUUGUGUGGGUAAGCUGUCAUUUAGCUUGCAUGCAGGCUGGCAUACAUGAACCACACUGAAGCACGUCAGCCUGUAACAGUGGAGACAAGUCAAAUGCAUCCCAGUGUUUGGAAGUUAAUGGUGGUGUAAAUGGUUUAAUUUCACAAAGGAAAAUGUGGAUCAUUUUGAAUGAACGAUUUCCUUGAUUUGAAGAGAAAUACAUCACAUUUCAGUGGUUCUAGCCAUUAAUUGUUUCUAAAAAAAAAAUAUGAAGAUGCGCCCCAUGGCAACAACUUUGAACAUAUUUCUCUGGUUUCUGUUGUUAUGAAGAUUGUCUUUUUUCUCAAAGGUAUUCAUCUCAUGUCCAUCAUUUAAAAUGUUUUCUUUUAAAGGAUGAAAACUGAAACAUGGCCAUUUGUCAGCUUCAAUUAGCGAGGGGGUGUUCAUUUGAGUGCCCCUCUCUGUGUGGUAUGUUUAUUUAAACCACCGUUACACGCUGCAACUAACACACCAGAAUACUGAUUAAAACAUUUUGUGAAAGCCAGAGGUUAUUGUUUCUUCUUUCUGUUUACUACACAAGGAAACUACUGAAUCUAUGCUGUUAUGUCACCUCAUGUUUCUUGCUGAGAUAAUCUACGUAUAAACACGUAAAGUGAGACCAUCAGAAUGCACAUGUGAUGUAAUCUGAUAAACUGCUGUUGUUAUCCCUGAAGAAUCGGCUGCCGGAG